AUGUCGGAUCCCAGAACUCGAAAGACUCGUCACACGCUCACUCCCGAUCUUUUAUCGUCGUCAAUCUUAAUCACCAAUCUGCCAACAAACUGGAAUGAGACCGUUGUUUCUUCGGUAGUGGCCGGUUCUGGACCUAUCACUAGCGUAUCACGAAAGACUGACCCGCGGAACGGAAAACUGGUCGGCGUGGUGGUGGAUUAUUCGAGCAGUAAAGACUGCAGACGAGCAUUAGAACUUCUGCAAAAAAUCAAAAAAAUGCCUUGUGGGCUUGAAAGAAUAAUAUCCAACUCCUCGGGCUCUUCUGGUACACUACUCGACCUGGAUCGUGACGCUUUCCCUUGGGAUUACGGCUUGGAAUUGCCAUUUGAAAUGGUUUCUGAAGUCCCACUGCCCAGAAGGCCUACAAACCCGGUUCCUGUGCCCUCAAAUGGUACCUCGCCAGAUUCUGGCGGUCUCACUACAUUCCCAGAUAUCCUUAGUAAAGCCUCGAAGCAUCUGCCGGCAUAUGUGCCCGGUUCAAUGACAGCGGGAGACGUUGUGUCGUCGAAUUUAAGCAAGAUUGCACCUUUGCAACUGUUGGAGAUGAUCUCCAAUCUUAAGAUUCUAGCCGGUCAAGACGCCAAUCGCGAGCAAGUGGCCAAGUUUCUGGCGUCGAAUCCGGAUGUCGCUAUCGCUGUAACUCAAGCUAUGCUUGAAAUGGGGUUUAUAAACUACGGUGUGGUGACAAAAGUUAUAGCUGAGCAAGCUGGGACCCAAACCCAGUCUCCGAAUGUUAUCAACGGAGCGGCGGAAGUUUACAGUCGUGGAAACACGCCCAGUAGUACGCCUAUGAAUGGGAAUGCUCCUCUCAACUCGUCUACAAUGCCUCUGGGCCAGUCCCAGCUCCAGCAACCGUCGAUGAUGGGCAAUUCCGCUUAUAGCGUUCCACCACCACAGCAACAGCAACAGCAAAUGGGCGGAUUCGGUGCUAGCAUGCCCCGCAGCCACGCUCCAUUCACACCUCCUCAGGUCCCCGUAAAACCGGAAGGAAAUCGCAUCAACAUGGUCAAACUGGCAGCAGUUCCACAGCAGCAGCAAGAUAUGAUCAAACAAGUCCUACAAUUGACCGCCGACCAAAUACGGCUGCUGCCACCGGACCAAGUGAUUAUGGUAGAGAAUUUCAAAAGAGAGUAUUUAAUGUGA